GAUGGUAGUUACAUGCAGUGCAAAAACAAUUUGGUUCAACUCAGUGAUAUCCCGCUAAUGAACGGAAAACUUCGACAAACUUCGGAAAGUUUUCGGGUGUUGUCGAUUUUACGGAAGUUGAGUACCGCUGGCCUCAAUGUCAGCGUUUCAUUCCAUUGUUUUGAGACUUGUUUUGAUGGGAAAAGGUGUCGGAAAGGUUCUAACAGUCGCUCUAACAUGGGGAAAGUGGACGAAUGGAAGGCGUCUUAUUAUUGUAAUGGUAGCAAAACGUGGAUUUAUGGUCACCUUGUCAUUUACACCCGUUGUAUACGCUUUAUAGAAGAUAAAGGAGGAACGAGCGGCCUCGAUUUUCGGAUCUACUUCGAGAAUUUCUUCGAGCUCAAAAAAGAGACUACGUCCAUAUUUUUUUCGGCUAUAACAGUCCGUGUGAGGACUGAUAAAUAUUGGUUUUCCUCGUUUGCAGAUCGUGGUCAUGUGUUUAAUACAAUCGAGCAUUUCUGGAAGGAAAGACUUUUUGCAAGUUCCAAAAGCCAGACUCCUCACAAUACAGAACUCCUCAACAUCUUGUACGAUGCUCAGAAAACUCUUGCAACAACUGGUAAGACUGUGCAGAAACAAGGACAGCAAAUUGACUCUGCUUGCAACAACAUGAACAAGAUACACAAUGAUCUGGGUGUUGCAGAAACUUUAAUUUACAAUCUGGAUUCAUGGCUAAGCAAAUGGAACAUUGAAACUCCUCAGGUGUACAUAGAUGUUCCAGAGCACAACAUGAUCAUCGAAAAAGCUGAGUAUCCUAUUGUGUAUGCCAGAACUCAAAAAGAAAAACACCUCCCUGGUACUUUGACAGUAUCAAAUAAAUCAUUGGAGCUCUUUAAUGCAGAAAGAAAUCUUGAUGUCUGUUUUGCUGUCAAGGAGAUAACAGAAGUCAGCGUCCAUACUCCCUGGGAGGUCACAAUAUCGCAGCUAAGGAUUGGCCAUGCUGGGCAUUCAGUGCAUCUGAUUUCAGCUCGUUUGGUUCACAUUCUUCAAACUCUUGAGGUUCUGUUACCUGGCAGAAUUAAUUAUGAUGAGCCUCCUUAUGAUGCUGGGGAUCAGGAUGGCUACAGUUUGGAUUCAGACCAGUUUCCUUCUCAAGGUGACGAGAGUGAAGAAGACAGCCAAGAAAAAUUUCCUCCUUCAAGUAGUACAAAAGGAAAAGAUUCCAAGGUGGUAACAGAUGCUGAAGCAGCAGAAAUGGGCCGUGUUCUGCAGGACAUGAGAAGUCUCGCACUUGGCAUCCAAGGGGAACAAGACAGACAGCUUGGACAACUGGACUUGCUGUCUGACUCAGUCGAUAAAGCUAACGAGAGAAUCAGAACUGAUGUGCGCAAGGUCAACAAGCUCACCUAAAUUUGAAGCAUUUUUUUUUAAUCUUAAUGUAAAAUGAAGAAAAGGUUUUAAAUGUUUUCUGUGGGUCCCUGUAUCACUCUAUUAAUAAGGGGUGGCCGGAAUAAAGCCCCUAGUGACGUCUGAUAAAUUACCAGGUUGUCCUUCCAAAUUGCUUUGUAUUCCCUUGUAAAACACAAGAAGAGUUUGAUGUUACAUCAACAGUCGCUUACAGUAUUGCCUUAUUCUGCACAUCCCUUCAUUCUUUACAUGCCGUGGUUGUCUGAAACCUUUGCAAACAUCGGUUCCCAGCUCGGUUUCAAACUGGAGCUUGGUGGGUUAAUACGAGUGCACUGUGCAUUGAUAGUAAAAAGUUGUUUCCUUGGAUUCUUUGAAUGAGCAAGCAAUUACUAGCGCUCAACAAUUACUAUGAAAGAAUGAAGUUUAGAAGCCCAAAUCAAACGAAAAAACUGCGCUAGCUUUAAAUUCACAGAGAUAGACCAACACAUGAUCAGUACAUUUUUGUAGGACAAGGUGGCAAAUAUUUACUCCUAGCAGCAAACCUACGAAAUUCAAAUGUUUUAUUAAUAAAUUAAUAAUUAUAGUUUUUACUGCAUGUACGAGAGGCUUACAACGGGGAAGAUAUUUGAUGUUUUGGUGAAUGUAAGCUUCCGACUUGUAAAAGUGGAAGCUUUUAUUUGGAAAAAAUAAAAUGUAUAUUUGAUUCAUUUACUUAUUUAUUACCUCAGUCACGUUACGUUAUGGUCAGUUAUUUUGGCCACGUACAAAAUUAGCUCUUAUUGAAGUAAACCUGAAAAGUGUAGUUUACUCAGAAAGAAAACCACCAAAGAGAUACUAAAUUAUAAAUAAACCUUA